CUGGAUCGCCAUGUACGAGAAGCUUUCCGGUGGUUCGGGACAUGUUCCCAGAGAGGAAAAGUGAUGGUGAAUGUACGGAGUUGUUUGCCAAUUCAAACCAUGUCAGGCCACCUGGGCAUUCACCUACCUAUGGUCGACUCGCGCAGCAUUGGUACAAAUAAGAAACCUCGCAGCACACGCUGAGACCAGUAUACUCUUACACUGCAACCUCGCGUUCCAACCAGCUACUCGCCAUGUCUCACCAUAGCGAUGCUGACGUUGACAAGAACGUGCAGCUCAGCACCACGGUGACGGGCCUCGACUCACGUGCCAAGCAAGAAAGCGACUUCACCGCCACCAACCAGAAGCCUCAGUCUCCAGCAGCACUGUCCGGUGCAAAGUCCCCCGGUGUCCUACGUAUCGAAGCGCUCAAUGCACACACGUCUUUCAUCAACCGCUGCUGCAUCUUCUUCGGCAUCUUCCUCGUCGCGUAUGCAUAUGGUUUGGACGGCACGCUGCGGUACACUUACCAGCCAUAUGCCACUGCGGGAUUCCAGGAGCACUCGACCUUGGCCACCAUCAACGUUCUGAGGAGUGUUAUUGCUGCUGCUGCACAACCUACUGCAGCUAAAAUUGCCGACGUCUUCGGCCGUGUCGAAGUCGUCGUUCUUUCUAUUUUCUUCUACAUACUCGGAACGGUCAUCGAGGCUGCUAGCAAAGAUGUCGAGUCUUUUGCUACAGGUGCCGUUUUCUACCAGAUUGGGUACACAACUAUUAUCGUUCUUAUCGAAGUCAUCAUAGCGGAUAUCACAUCCCUUCGCUCUCGUCUCUUCUUCUCCUAUAUCCCCGCCAUCCCGUUCUUAAUCAACACGUGGGUUAGCGGAGACGUCAGCCAGGCUGUGCUCAUCAAGACGACUUGGAGAUGGGGUGUGGGCAUGUGGUGUAUCAUCUACACUGUGUGCUGCAUUCCGCUAGUUGCUUCGCUCAUGUGGUCGAGUCGACAAGCCCGGAAGGCGGGCGCACUCGACAAGUACCAGACACCGUAUCAGGUCCAUGGCGGUAGCGUCAAGAAUCUGCUAAUGGCGCUCUUUUGGCAGAUGGACGUUCCUGGCAUUGUGCUGCUGAUUGCUGUGUUUGGCUGCAUUUUGACGCCUUUUACCAUUGCGGGUGGCGAACAGUCACAAUGGGGUACGGCCAAGGUUAUUGCCCCCCUUGUCAUCGGAUUCCUGUGCCUUCCCGUCUUCGUCAUUUGGGAGAGGAGAGCACCGCAUCCAAUGCUUCCCUUCUAUCUGCUGAAGGACCGUGCAGUCUGGGGUGCUCUGGGAAUUGCUUGUACCCUGAACUUCGCAUGGACCAUGCAAGGCGACUUUCUGUACACCGUACUCGUCGUUGCGUUUGACGAAUCUGUCAAGAGCGCGACUCGCAUCAGCUCUUUGUACAGUUUCACGUCCGUCAUCACUGGGCUGAUACUCGGUGGUAUUGUUUUCAAGGUCCGCCGCCUGAAACCGUUCAUCAUUGCAGGAACAUGUCUCUUCGUGGUGGCUUUUGGUCUCCUGAUCCACUACCGUGGUGGUUCGGGCGAUUCGUCGCACUCUGGCAUCAUUGGCGCGCAGAUAUGCUUGGGUAUCGCGGGCGGUAUGUUUCCGUAUCCUGCGCAGGCGAGCAUUCAGGCUGCAACGAAGCACGAGCAUGUCGCCAUCGUCACGGGCAUCUACCUCGCUACCUACAACAUUGGAAGCGCGCUUGGCAACACCGUCUCAGGCGCCAUGUGGCAGCAAAUCAUACCGAAUGAGCUGGUCCGACGAACCGGCGAUGCAUCACUCGCGGCCACCGUCUACGGCGAUCCGUUCACCUUUGCGGUUUCGUAUCCCGUGGGUACGGCGGAGCGUACUGCUGUGAUAGAGGCAUAUCGGCAUGUGCAGAGGCUACUCUGCAUUGCGGGCAUCUGUCUGGCAGUGCUUCUUGUUGCCUUCUCGCUCGUCAUUCGAGACCCGAAGUUGGGCAAAGAGCAGAGUUUGGAGGAUGCGGAGGAGAGUGCUGAUGUGGGGGGCUUCGAUAGUAGGCACUGAGUGCCGUUGGGACCUAGAACGCUGCGUUUACCGUAAGCAGUAUUAAUGGAUGUUUUCUGUGACUUCAGAUAAUGGGAGGGUGGUAGCUAUGUGGUGCCUGUGGCUAGUGCUGUUGACACCAUGACAAUUAGCUGUUGGUAUAGUCACGCCCACAUUCCAAGGGCUCAAUUGCGUCAGAAAACCAUGGCGAAGCAAUUCCUAUUGGAGGGAGAUGUGUGCACGUAACUAUGGAAGACGUCAAUGGCGAGUGUUCGAGUGUUGGAGUGUAGGAAGACACUAUCACGAGAAUGUCGAAGCAUCUCCUCAGCACGACCAAGGGGAUGAGGAUGUACAGGUGUUGUACAGCUGUAUUGGAGAAGCUAAAGGAGUGUAGUAGUGCCUCUGUCGGCUGCUAAUAUACAAGAUGAAG